AUGACAACUUUUCCCAAGUUAAAUUCAUUAUUUCGCUUUUUGGAGCUUCCUGUAGAGAUUCAGGUGACAUGCCUCGGGCUUGCGUCCGACACUGCGAGCCUCUGCACCGCGCUUUCCACAUGCACGACGCUGCUUAACCUCAAAGAGGCAGCUUUCAAAGCUUUCUGUCAUCGCAACUGGCCAAAAGUGGCGGACGUGGCCAUGGAUGCGCUAGCAAAAGGCGUUGCCAGGCCAAAAACGUUCUGGCAGCAUGUCGUGCGGACCGCCUUGAUGAUCCAGUCAUCUUCCGCGGCAACGACCGACCCAUCGCUUACGUUCAACGAACACAUGGUAGAGGGGCGGCGCGUGAUGCUCGUGGAGUGGCUGGUUCAGGUCUCGUACGCUUGGAGCCUCGACGGCGCCGCCAUCUUCUUUGCCGUACGCAUCAUGGACGCCUUCCUAGCUGCAGUGCCGCCCACCAGUGUCCAAAUGUUACAAUUGGUGGGCAUCAGCUGUCUGAGAGCGACGGUGCAAGGCCAACAGUUGCUCACUCAUCGCAUGGAGGACCAAGCGGGCGCUGCUCCGAAGGACACGUGCUGCUCAGGUUUCGGAGCGCCACGCUUGCAGGACAGCCCCUGCUGCAGUCUUGACAUACAUGCAGACACGGCGGCGGUGACCACGGCCAUGCAGCUGACGGCGACGGCGACGGCGAUCGGGGCGACGGCAGCAACAGAGUCGCCGGUUGCAGAUCCGUCAGAUCCGUCAUCACACCAGCGACUGCCAUCAUCCGCAUCGGCGGCCGCCCACCUAUGCGCGGACGUGUACAGCUCCGAAGACGUCGAGCGAAUGACCGGCUUGGUGUUGGAGUGCGUCUUCGGAAGGCCAUCGCCAGGUUCACUACAGACUGUAAACGUAGGCCAGCAGCUGUCGCAGCCGCCGGUGCCGCCGCUGCCGUGCCGCCAGUGCCGCUGCCGUACCACACGUCCCGUACUUUUGGCGGCGCCCACUGCCCGCCACUUCCUACGCGGCAUCUGGGCUGCCGACGCCGCCGAGACGGCGCUGGAUUCCGGUACGGCGUCGGCGUCGGCAUCGACGUCGGCGUCGACGUCGGGGGCACUGCACUUGGCGGGUUUCCUGCUCCACCUGUCGCUACUGUGUCCCGCGUGUUGCGCCGCGGCACCGUCGCACGUCGCCGCGGCGGCUGUGUCGCUGGCACGGGAGACGUUCGGGCUGCCCCCUUGGCCACCCGCGCUGCGUGCCGUGCUGCCCCUGAGACUGGAUGUCGACCUGGAUCCAUUGCGAGAACGCAUCGCGGCGGCGCAGACCAAGUACGACGUGCCGUACCUGCGUGGGGCGUGGAUGGAGCGGCUAGCGAAUGCUCAUUGGCCGGUUUCGGAGCGCAGCGGCGCUGCCGCCGAGGACCAGUCGCGGCAAGGCGCUGCUGGUCCUAGCCGGGCGGAGGGGAGGGAGGGCGUGGAGCGUGCUGACGGCGGCGGCGGCGGCGGCGGCGGUAGCGAAUUUCGGAGCAUACCUGUUGAGGUUGGUCAUUCGAAGCGCGCCAUCGGGGCUGUUGGUGCCGGUGAUGGUAAUCUGGACGCCGCCGCCGCCGCCGCCGGCUUUGUGGACGUCGUGGCGGCGGUAGGGGCGGAUGUAGCACGACGGCUGGUGGAGGAUGUCGUACAAGGAAAGGUGACGCUGCUGCCGCCGCGAGUGCGUGUGUCGUAA